UUCUGGGUAAUUGUGGCUAAUACAGUCAUCGAGUUAAAAUGCAGCGCUAACGUCAUGCGCUAAGAGAGCAGCAAAUAAUUUUAAUGUCACUAACGAUCUGGGGAAAAAUAUUUCAGGUGGUCGCUAUGGCUCUGCCUUUUUUCCCCUUGUUUGACAACAACAGGUUCGUCAUAUAUUAUUCAGUUUCAUCCCACCCUUGGGAUACCUACUGGGCAGGGAGGUUGUGGUGUUUUUUUCGGUCCAGGUGCAGGGAGCGCAGAGAAACCAGCUCUUAGUCAAAGUCGGAGCUGCGUUUGUACGAACCGCGUCUCGAAACCUAAUUCUGUGAGUGAUGUGCAGGGAGCGUGAUCAAGUGCGGAUAUAACAUUUUUGACAGCGGAUUUUAAUUAGAAGGCAAGGUUUUACCUUUCUUCUAACACUUUCGCUCCCUAUUUGUAUUUUUUAUAAAAUAUAAUUCUCAUUGAAUUUGGCAGGGAAAACUUUUUUCCCUAUCGGUUCUCCGCCAACAGUUUUAAACGCACUUGUAACUGCGUAUGGGAGAGUUGCGCUGCGCUAAGGAAUGCACCCAUGGUGGGGUUCGUUUGUGACUUUAAGGAAGCCAUCAUAUGUCUUAUGAAUCGGGACCUAAGGAUCCGCGGUCUUCUCCCUAAAUCAUACCCUUCCAACCUGCAGAAAUGGGUGCCGUUGAAGGUAUAGGAGCACUUCCUUGGAGUCCGCAUAAUGCCACUUGGUCCAUCUCCUCCAACUCGUCGCCGCCGAUGCCUUACGGGGAACCUCACGACUCCUUUGACGAGAUGCUGGUCACAUCGCUGCUUGGGACGGUCCUGAUCGUGAUGUGCGUGAUCGGCCUUGCUGGUAACAUUUAUACCCUUGUGGUUAUGAACGUUUCGCUGAGGAUGACCGGUUCCAUGUACGUCUACAUCGUCAACUUGGCGCUGGCUGACUUGCUGUACUUAUCAACUAUCCCGUUUGUCGUGUGCACCUAUUUUGCGAAAGACUGGUAUUUUGGAGACAUCGGGUGUCGGAUCAUUUUUAGCUUGGACUUCCUCACCAUGCACGCCAGUAUCUUCAUCCUCACCAUCAUGAGUACGGAGCGGUACUUAGCGGUGGUGAAUCCUCUGGACACCUUAGGGAGAUCCAGAAGGUACAGGAGGACAGUGACCUGUGCGGUUUGGCUGGCUUCCUUCUUGCUGGCACUUCCCACAAUGAUAAUGAUCGAUCUGAAAAGUAACCUCCGAAACGGAGUCCUUAAGCGCAUGUGCCACCCGACGUGGCAGAUCAAAGCUUAUAAGAUAUAUCUGACUGUCCUAUUUAACACUUGCAUCUUAGCUCCCGGCUUCAUCAUCGGUUAUCUAUACCUCAGACUUGCCAAGACAUACUGGUUAUCACAAUCCACAGUUCACGCGACAAAAGCCGCAAAUCGGUGUCCCAAGCAGAAAGUGUUUUACAUGAUUUUUAGUAUCGUACUCGCCUACUGGGCUUGUUUUUUACCUUUUUGGUUGUGGCAGCUGCUGAGCAUAUACUACUUUGGCCAUGGAGACUUGUCGCAUCGGACUAUGGUCUAUGUCAACUUCGUGGUGACAUGCCUGGCGUAUUGCAACAGCUGCAUCAACCCUUUUCUAUAUACGCUGCUGACGAAAAAUUAUAAAGAGUAUGUGAGGGGUCGGCAGAAGAGCUUUUCAGGGUUCGGGUGGAAAUUCAGACAUGCCUCGCAAAGGUCAGUGUCCUCUGGGAGUCAAUUCACUGACACGCUGACCAUCGCGCAGCUGAGCGGCGGUCCGGACGGCUCUGCUGUGUAGACUAAUGCUUUACACGGACCGAAAGGUUGAGAUUAGCGCAUAACUGUCUUUCCUGUACAAUAAAAGCAACACGCAAAUUAAACUAAAUUAUAAUUUUCCAUAUGUAAAUAGGGAAAUUUUAAAUGUAAAUGCUUGAGGCGGAGCUUAUAGUUUACUCAUGUAAAUUAUGGUAAUUUCCAGCACCUCUCUAUGCUCCUGUUUGUCAAAACCAAAAGUAUAUAUUAUUAUAUUACAUAUAAUAGUUACUUGACUCUUUAACACAUACCAGAAUGUAGCUAAAUGUUACAUGAUUGUGGUUCAAAUAAACAGUGAAAGAAAUAAAGUGAAAAUGCAUUUAGUACCAGCUUCGAGAUUUGUUGUUUUCUUUUAACAGAGACAGGUUUCCUCCUCAGACGGUAGGUCUAUGCUUCAGCUAUUUUACGCUUUUUGGAAGUUGCUUUCUUUGGAAGUGAAAAAUUUCAGAUGGGUCUUAACAAAAAACUCAAAAAAAACUUAUGAAUUCAAGUCAUUUUGGAGAAUAUGAUUUAGGCUGCCUAAAUGAAAUCAUGUAGCAUCUGUUGAACUUCAUUUUCGUUUGUGAAUUUUAUCUCAACGGGCAAAAAACAUCACUAAUCUGAACAUAUGGUUAAAAACACACUAUCAACCAUCACAUUUAUAUCCACUCAUGCCAAAUUUCGCUCCGGGUCAUGAAAUACAAUUCUUCCUUUAAGUGACUACAGCAUGUCAAUUUUUGUCAGAUUUUUGUUUCGCUGCAAAGUGUGUCUUGUUCAGUGCCAUAUCAUAAACUAGCCUAUAAUUGAUUAGAUGGGAUCAAGUGAUUGAGGCCAUUGUAAUAAUUGUGCUUUGCGUUUGUUGCAAUACUUAUAUGCGUUUACUGUACGUUGUGGACUGUGACGACCAUAUGGGCUGCCAUUGGGAUAUAUGUGUGGCGUUUCAUUUAACCACAAAGUAUGUCGAUGCUGCAUAAUUUGUCGUUUAACAUGGAUAGAAAAUGCUGUAGAAAUGAUAGAAAACACAGAAGCCCCCGUAAUAAGAAAAGCAAUAUGAUAAUAUAAAGCUGGUAAUCACCAGUCCUCACAUUUAUCUGCUAAAUGGCGUUUAUGACUCCAAAAACUAUUAUCGAUUACCUAAUACAUUUUUAUUUAUUAUUGUCAUUGUCUAAAACGAUGCUGAUUGAUUAAUGGCGACCCGUUUCGAACUUCUAAUUAAAAAUAUAUUACCUGUAUUUUUAUUUCUUUUCAACUCUUCCCGAUGGAUUGUGCUUUGAUAGAAAUAAAAGCGAUCGUUCAUUUUGAAAUGCCACUGUUACAUACGUUUGCUCCGUUUUGCCAUUUCUCAAGCAACAAAAAAAGAAAGAAAAUGUUAAGUUCCCAGCGUGAUGACCCUCACCGAUUUCUCCAAUGGUGAAUUGUAUUAUCGUGAAGAAAUGUCAGAGGAACAGGUUGCUGAAUUAGUUUUUCUGCUGGAAAUAGAUGUUGCGGCACACAGAAGGAUUAUAUUUCGGAUCAAUAAGCAGCACCGGAAAUGUUACUGCUAAUAAUCCCACUCCCUCGGUGACAACUGCUUGAUUUUUCGUAUUUAGAGCAGAAACAGCAUUGUUGCAGUAAUUUUCAUUUUGAUUUCUAGUUCCUUUUACGGUGACUUGGUUCUAAUCGUUUGCUCCACUGGUCAUUACCUCUAUAUGUAAAUACGCGAUAAUCAAUGUGAUACACGAAUCAGAGGUAUUCGUUAAUAGUUGGCGGAUAUGUACUACGGAGAAUACGGUAUUAUAGGGAGAAAAUCACUGAAUCAUGAGGUGUUCUGGUAAAAAGACCCACGAGUCACCUGCGAAAGAAAUUCCUAUAUGUUUACCUUCGAGGUGAUAAUUAGCAGGGAGGCCGUUUAAUAAAAUGUCCAUCUUCCUAUUAAACGCAUAAGAUGUGCAUUCCGUUUGCAAGCCUGACAUGUCUGUGUAUAUAAACAGACCACAUACAUUUUGUGUCCACAGUAAUCGUUCACACGGUAAUAUCCCGGACUAUAAUGAUUCCAUAAUGCGUUUAGUUAUUUAAAUAGGAAAACUGCAUUAAAAACUAAACGCUAGGAAAGUGUGUGCAUGGUUGCAAAUGACGUCAGUCUUGUUAAAUUGUGGGCCUGCAUUAAAGCCCUUUUCCUGGCUUUUUGACGCAAUGCAGUGUGUUGUUUAAUUGGAAACUGUAAAGUGUUACAAAAGUAAUAACCAUUCAUUUAGGUGUUAUAUAUGUAGUGUUGUUUAUCUUUGUAACUUUCAUCACUGUCCUAACGCCUUGUACACUUUCAUUUGUAGACCUGUUAUAUUUUCAGGAUUGAGAUGUAUAAUAAAGCCAUCU